AGGGCUUUCUCAGCUUUGAUUGGCUAGUACAGUGGCGGAGAGUUUGACUUAAAUUUGUCCUCGGCUUGGUUUAUCAUACAUUCUGUUUGUUGGCCUAUCGGUUGCUGGCGAUGUCAAGGAAUCCUUUAUUGCAGGUAGGCAAUGCGGGUGAAAGUACUGCUGACGUCAGUGGAAUUUUCGAUGAAAUUAUGCUGGGAAGGCGUUUCUUUAGUUGGGAGGAAUUUGAAAAUUCCUUAGGAGAAUUUCAACAAUUGUCCUGCACUCACUAUGUGCAUAUUCAAAGCAAAACAACAGGGGAAGACAGAUAUAAGUACGCUUACGUUUAUUUUAAAUGCACUUUUGGCGUGAACCGUGGAAAAGCUGGCCUGAAAUUGCGAAACAAGUCGUCUAAAUGUUGCAACUGUCUGUCUGCAUUUCGCGUAAUUUUGCGUUAUAGUGAAUACGUGAUAACAUCCCACAAAAUGGUCCACAACCAUCCAUGCACCAGGGUGUAUAUGCAGAAUGAUCCAUGGUCUAGACGACUGUCAGCGGAAGAGAAAGAAAAUAUAGAACCACUUCUUCACCAAUCACACUCAUCAGAUGAAAUAAUUAUGCAUGUUAAGGAAACAUUCCACAAGGACAUAACUCUUAAUGACGUUAGAAAUCUGAAAGCUUCAGUUAAUAAAGGUAUAUCGAGCCGUUAUGACAUUUUUGAAUUCCUAAAGUCCCGUGGGAAGUUAUUGGAGUAUUAUGCAGAUGAACCGAUAAGGAAUUCACUGAUGAGAGUCUGUUUUUCUACUUAUGAGCAAAUAGAUUUGUAUAAACGUUUUCCGGAGGUUGUUGGCAUCGAUUCUACAUAUAACACAAAUAAAGGGAAGUAUUCUUUGUUUCAAUUGGUUGUAACGGAUAAUUUUGGUCGUGGGAGACCGGUUCUAUUUGCUUGGACGCGAAAGGAAUUCAAGCGUGAUGUUGUUUGGAUUUUGGACUCGUUUCGUAGCAUAAUGGAAGACACCUCUAAAACAGAAACAUUCAUUAUGGAUUGUGCGCAAGCCGAAAUAGGAGCAGUGAAGUUAACACACAGAGAAGCGCACAUUGUUCUUUGUUCUUUUCAUCAUAAUUAAAAUUUCAAUUUUAGACGCGGAAUCCCAUUGUUAAGAACUACUUAUGUCGCUUAAUUCAGUGUAAAAGGAGAUCUGAGUAAUGCCUUUAAUAUUUUCAUUUUUCCAGAUUUAACUUCUAUUUCAGAGUUAUAAGCCGAUUGGAUGUUGGUGUCAGUCAGUAUUUACAACGUCGUUGGAUGAGUCGACGACACUUGUGGGCAGCAGCUUUCAGGGAACACGUACUGACUUUGGGUAAUGACACCAACAAUCGUGUAGAAAGUUCUCACAAGCAGAUGAAGCGGUACUUGCUUAGAUCAGAUAGUCUGCAUCAAAGCAUGCUGAAGGUUCACAAAUGGUUUCAACUUAGUAAUUCUAGAAUAGAGCAGGAGUCCAUGAUUGCUCAGUCGCGUUCCCUCAAGUAUUCAUGUUCCGAACGCAUAAUACCAAUUUUACGCCACCUGACGCCAUACACUGCGAAGAAAGUGAUCGCUGAUUAUGCGAAGCGACGAUGGACUUCUUUUCAGUUAGAAGGUUUUGAUUAUAUCUUCUUGGAUGACAAUGGGAGACCAGUAGAGGUGGAUCUGCGCGCAUGCACAUGUACUUGUAUGACUUUCCAGACUUGUCGGUAUCCCUGUCGACACUUGCUGAUGGUGCAUUUAAAAAAGGCGUGUUUCACAGUUAAUCAUGUGCUGCAGAACUGUAAACGAUGGACAUGGUCUCGCCAAUCGUACGCAAUUCCAAGCACGUCAGCAAUUGUGCCGCUAAAUCAAUGUGACUUAUACGUAACAAAUAGGAGGCUUAUUAAUGCGGGCCUGACGAGAAUUUGCGACAAAUAUGGACGGAGGUUUGCCGCAGAGUUCGCU